AUGCAGGGCUUCAACAUGGGGCGGUACUACCCGCCCGACGCUUCAAAUCCACCCACAUUUAACGCGUCGUCGCAUCCACUCGGCAAACGAGCGAACAAGAUAUCCCAAGGCAUCCUCACCGUGCGCUUCGAGCUGCCCUUCGCGGUAUGGUGCGACCACUGCAUCCCUCCUGCCAUCGUUGGUCAAGGCGUCCGCUUCAAUGCCGAGAAGAAGAAAGUCGGCAACUACUACAGCACGCCGAUAUGGAGUUUCCGGAUGAAGCACAGCGCGUGCGGCGGGUGGUGGGAGAUCAGGACCGACCCGAAGAACGCCGCAUACGUUGUCGUCGAGGGUGCGAAGAAAAGGGACUAUGGGCCGGAAGACAGCGGCGCGGAAGGUCAGGGCGACCUGAAGUUCUUGACAGAGGAGGAAAAGGCGCGGCGGCGGGAUGAUGCGUUCGCAAACCUUGAGGGGAAGAUGGAAGACAAAGUCUCGGAGAAGAAAAACAGGGAGCGCGUGGAAGAGCUGUAUGACCAGAGUGAGGUCUGGAAAGACCCUUACGACAACAACGCGCGCUUGCGCAAAGGUUUCCGGGAGAAGAGGAAGGUGUGGAAGAGAGAGGACAGACACAAGGCAGGCAUGCAAGACAAGUUCAGUCUCGGCCUUGAUAUUGUGGAUGAGACCGAGGCAGAUCGCAUGCGAGCGCGCAACAUUGAGUUCGGCGGUCCUGAUGCGGGUGAGCUGGAAAGGAGCGCGUGGAAACCUCUUUUUGACAACACCAAAACGAAAGAGACAAGUGCGUUAGUCACACGGUUCACAAGUUCAAAGUCUGUAAUCACGGCAGAGAAGAAUCGACAAGCAUUGCAGCAAGCCUUGGUCGGCAAUACCAAGGCUGCUAUCGAUCCUUUCUUGACGCGCAGAAACAGCGCAAAGUCGAAGCAGACACCGACGUUCAGCGCCCUUAAGAGGAAGCGGGACCCAGCCGAUGAUGCGGUUACGUCGAGAGAUGUACCGGCGACAGGGAUGUCCAACACCGUGCCGCUGGUACAGUACGAUUCUGAUUGA